AUAAAAUAUAUUUAAUAGAAUCUUCACUGGGAUGUGAGCGGCAUCACAAUGGGCGCAGGGAGGUGGGCCUAGAACUUCCUUGUACAGGUUUGGGGGGGAGGAUGUAGCUAAAGCUCUCCUGAGAUGGAGGCCCGGUUAAAACUCUCAGCACAGGGUGUGGAGGCUGGACUGGGGAACUUCGUUUGGAGGGAAGCAGUGUUAGCUGGUUUCUUAAUGCUGUGGAGUGGGGCCAGAACUUUCCUGAGGAACCCCCAGCGCUGUAUCCACAUUUUGCAGGAAAGGUUUGCUGGGACCCUGGCCCCACCCAGUCAGCAGAAUGUCAGCCACGCUGGAUCUGAAAUCGAAGGAGGAGAAGGAUGCUGAAUUGGACAAGAGGAUCGAGGCUCUUCGACGGAAGAAUGAGGCCCUCAUCCGGCGCUACCAGGAGAUCGAGGAGGAUCGGAAAAAAGCUGAACUGGAGGGCGUAGCCGUGACAGCUCCCCGGAAAGGCCGCUCGCUGGAGAAGGAGAAUGUGGCAGUUGACGUGGAAAAGAACCAGGGUCCUUUCCGGAGGGCUCCUGGGACCCCUCGGCCCCCGGGGACGAGCAGGGGAGGAGGCCGGACUCCCCCCCAGCAGGGAGGCCGGGCAGGCAUGGGCCGGGCCUCCCGCAACUGGGAAGACAGUCCUGGGGAGCAGCCUCGAGGAGGAGCUGGCAGCCGCGGCCGGAGGGGCCGGGGCAGAGGGUCCCCUCAUCUCUCUGGAGCUGGAGAUACCUCAGCUGCCGACCGCAAAUCCAAGGAGUGGGAGGAGCGGCGCAAGCAGAAUAUCGAGAAGAUGAACGAAGAGAUGGAGAAGAUUGCGGAGUAUGAGCGCAACCAGCGGGAAGGCGUGCUGGAGCCCAACCCGGUGCGGAACUUCCUGGACGACCCCCGGCGGCGCAGCGGGCCCCUGGAGGAGCCUGAGCGGGACCGCCGGGAGGGCAGCCGCAGGCACGGGCGCAACUGGGGGGGCUCGGACUUUGAGCGCGUGCGCUGCGGCCUCGAGCAGGAGCGGCAGGGCCGCCGGACCGGCCUGGGCGGUGCCAGUGACAUGACACUUUCCAUGACGGGCCGGGAGCGGUCAGAGUACCUGCGCUGGAAGCAGGAGAGGGAGAAGAUCGACCAGGAGCGGCUGCAGAGACACCGCAAGCCCACCGGCCAGUGGCGGCGGGAGUGGGAUGCUGAGAAGACCGAUGGGAUGUUCAAGGAUGGCCCAGCCGCUGCCCUCGAACCAUCUCACCGAUAUGAUGACCAGGCCUGGGCCCGGCCUCCCAAGCCCCCCACUUUCAGGGAGUUCCUGUCCCAGCACAAAGCUGAGGUCAGCCGCCGGAAGAGGAGGAGCAGCCGACCCCAGGCCAAGGCAGUCGCCCGUGCCUACAGUGACCACGAUGACCGCUGGGAGACGAAGGAGGCAGAGUCCCCAGCCCCCGAGGCCUCACAACCCCCUCCCCCCGAGGAGACGCCCACACAGCUGCCCGAGACCCCAGCCCCUGCUCACCGGCCUCCUGAGGACCAGGGGGAGGAGGACCAGGGGGAGGAAGACGAAGAGGAGGAGGACGAAGGGGAGGAUGAGGAAUGGGAAGAUGUGAGUGAGGGCGAGGAGGAGAUUGAAGAGGAAGAAGAGGCUGAUGACGAGGAGGAGGAGGAGGGAGAGGAGGAGGAGGAACCAGCCCAAGACCACCAACCCCAAGAAUCUGAGCCCACUGGGAGCGCCGGCAGUGAGCAGGCCAACAAGGAGCCCUCCAGCCCUGAGGAGCCCCUGCCACGUCCCCAGUCCCCUGCCACACCGUCCAGCCCCUUCUCACCCCCUGGGGGCCACCAGCCUGUGUCUGACUGGGGUGAAGAGAUGGAGCUGAAUUCUCCCCGGACCACCCACCCGGCUGAUGCCCUCUCUCCGGGAGGUGACCAGCCAGCCCCUGCCUCCUUGGAGAGCGGGCCCAGCCUCCCAGGAAUCCAGAAAGCUGAAGAGGAGGGGUCCGAGGCAGCUCCAGGUGGGGGAGCCGUGGGCCCUGGAGAGGGAGGCCCCGAGGGCCAGGAGACUGCGGAGAUCACCGACUUCCAGAGGGUGCGUUUCUGCAAGGUGGUGGCGGCCGCCCCACCACCGGGGGCCGCCCGCUGACCGCGCCGCCGACUCUGCACUAACUUCCCGCAGCCUCGCUCCUCUGUCUUUUGCUUCUGCCACACUCCAGCCAGGAGAGGGUUAAAUGUCAGGGGGGAGGAGCCUGAGACAGCGACCGGCGUGGGGCCAGGGCAUUAGUCCAGUUUCACAAAUGGGGGGACGCCGGGGACCCGGAUGGCUGAGACGUCUCCGAGUGACCCACCUGUGGAGGUCUCGGCGGGCAGGUGCUAGUCUCCGGGACGAGUUUCCCGCCGCCAGGAGAUGACAUCUGAGGCAUGGCUGCUAGCGGUGACUCAUCAAGGACUUGAACUACUGAGCCACCGGUUGUCUAUUAAACGCAGCGCUUUCGCUAA